CUCCUCGGCUCAUUUUCUCUUAGUACCCGGACAGUGCUCCUUUUUAGUUGGUAAGCCGGUGAUCAGUGGGUAACCUUCUGCCGGGGCUAGGAGGGAAGAAGGUAGUAGGAAGGAAUCAGCAGCAGCGAAGAUGCUGGAGAAGCUGUGGGACGACGUGGUGGCCGGGCCGCACCCGGAGACGGGGCUCGAGAAGCUCCGCAAGGCCACCACCUCCCGCCCGCUCGUCAUCAACAAAGAUGCUGACGCCGCCGCCGCCGGCGGGAGCUACAAGCGUGCGCAGUCGAUGCCGACGACGCCGGGGACGCCGUCGUCGACGACGCCACGCACUAACGUGUGGCGCAGCGUGUUCCACCCGGGGAGCAACCCGGCCACCAGGAGCGUGGGCGCCAACCUCUUCGACCGCCCGCAGCCCAACUCCCCCACCGUCUACGACUGGCUCUACAGCGACGAGACCAGGAGCAAGCACCGCUAGAUCGGAGGACGGACGGACGGAUGGGAUCGGCGGAGGAGCGGUGGCCGCCGGUCCCUGUCAACCCAUGUUUGCUGGUCCUUGUGGUUAUAUAUCUAAAAAGCGUCGCUGUCCGAGGCUAAAAGACUUUUAAUUUACCGUUUGUUUUGUUCCAAAAUGCUAUGUGGAGUGAGUAAUGCUUGUACUAAUAGUAGUGGUCAGUUGCACUGACUCAGCUCGGCCGCUACCAAGUCAGGACUGUACCAAGUGGGUGGUGGAAGAAAAUGGGGUGCGCCCCGGUCGCACUGUCGCUUCAGUGCGACCCCAUCCGCGAUGCCGUUGCGCUGCAAUCUGACGGUGAUGCACAACGGCUCAGCUCCCUCGGAUCGGCUUCCGUGGGCACCCCAUCUCGGCGUCCUCGGCUCGGCUUUCCUCCGACGUCGAGUGAGCGCGAGCCUCCGCUCCACUUCUUCUCCAAUCGAAGCCUGGCGGCGGCGGAGAAGUCCACCCCCUCACGCGACUCGUCCCCACUCCGUGCCUCCCUCCCUCUCGUCGAGGUGCAGCCGCCUCGACCAGCCAGCAGCGGCGAGGGGCUGUGACGCUUCCAUGCCGAAGAUGGCAUUCCAAUCGUCUUCGCGUGACUCCUUCACUGGUGCCGCAUACGCUGCCGUCGCAAUCAACGAUUCCCUCUCUCCUUUGCAACAUCUGGGGUGAGGACUAUUCACCCCUCUCACCCUUCCUUCUCCCUCUCGCUCUUGCAUCCCCUCUGUUCCCACCUUUCACCAAACUAUCAGGUUUAUGCUCAGAAAACAAGUGUUUCUGCUAUCAUGUUUAAGCAGAGAAGACUACCUGCAUCAUUCUGGUGAUUGUUUCUAUUGUGCAAUCAUUUAAUUUGUCUAUCUUGCAACACAUGGUUGAUGGUGCCUAUUUGCAUUUCUUCAUAUCUGCAGGUAUACAAACUUCACCAAUCAAAGAAAUAAUGUGAUCAACGACAUUGCAAUCAGAUUUCAAACAGAUCACCCACAAACAGCUCCUCUAAUAUGAAGUAGAAGAUUUAAGACUUCUUUGCCCUCUGUCUAUGUGUUCAUAUGCCUAAGUUUCUGUUGAAAAUGUUGCAACCUCUGGCUGCUGAAGAUGGUAAAGCUCAAUUACAAAAUGGUGUGCAGUUUCUGUUGGAAAUGUUGCAAAAUCAAUGAUAGACAAAAGCAACAAUGAAACCUCUUGGGCCAGUCUAGAUGAUAUUGGUGAAGAUUUAUUUUUCUUGUGCCAGCAGCUGUGAAGAGUGUAGACAGUUGGAGUGUCUUUUGGGAUUUUGGGUUAACAGGAAUACAAGGUUGUACUACUAGAGAAGACUGAUGUGUAUGGAUGUUUUGAAAUCUGCAGCGGAAUGGAUGUCUUAAUAAUCUGAUUGUUGCCUGAAAUGUAUUGUGAACUAUUGACU